CAUGGCUUGUGUUGGAGACUUUAUACAGAUUUUUUGUUCGUAAUACGUUUCAUACGAUUGAAAUACACAGAUUAGGAAAAGUACUUCGUCAGAAUUGUAAAGACGUUAGAGUGUCAUUCUGUCUAAUAAACGUCAACCUUAAAUAACAUUGAAACCUGUGUUAAAUUAAAUAUACAUUGCCGCGUUAACAAUGGAGCGGUAUGUUGCUGAACGUGUAUAAUGAUUUCAUUGUUCAAUACAGUAAACGAAUAAAGCACGCGGUUUGCGUUGACGCUAUUAUUUUCUAAUUUCCUCGCGAAUAGAACUUCUUAUGUUGACGGUGUUUUUCUUGUUUUCGUGUGUUGUUUUCACAACAGUCUGUUAUUGGCUAUAGACCAAAGGUUCAAAAAACAUUGCGAGGUGUGCGUCAAUAAAUCACCGUCAUUUAAAUGUCAAACUAAGGAUUUAUAUCGAGAUCAUACAAGGCGUAACGCAUUCGGUGUUAACUCUAACACGCUCACCAUCAGCACUUUUAUUCGGAGCCGUCUCAGCCUAGCGAAUGUACCGGGAGACGUUGUUGGUGUAUCUGUUGCUGUCCGGGGUGCGAGGCCAAGGGCGACUGCUCUACCCCCCGGGUAGGUCCUCGCUCUGGAGGCACGGGUAUCGCACCGCGACCAAUCAUAAUGACAAUACACUCAGCUGCGGUGGACUAAAGCACCGCUGGGAGGUGAAUGCAGGUCAAUGUGGGGUUUGCGGAGACCCCUGGGAUGCGAAACCUCGCGAUCACGAGUCCGGCGGCAGAUACGCCAGUGGAAUAAUCACUGCCACCUUCCAGUCGGGAUCGGUUGUUAAAUUUACGGCAGAGGUCACAAAUUCGAAUGGCGAAGGAUUUUUUGAAUUUCGCCUUUGUGCGAAAGAUGAUUCUAAUACCGAAGUAACACAGGAGUGCCUCGACGCUGGACAACUUGACAUUGAACCCAGAGGGACCAGGUAUAACAAAGUUAAAGCUGGCAAUAAUGACGUCACUGUGCGACUUCCGGCUGGGCUUACGUGCAAACAUUGCGUGUUGCAGUGGAAGUAUAACACUGGUGACAAUUAUGGCUGUGAACACGAUCGUCAAUCUCAGAAAGAAACGUGUGGAUUCGGAAAAGGAAAAUUUCAAACUGAGUACUUUGGAUGUGCAGAUAUUGCAAUAUACACAGAAAGCGAACUUGCAAAACUCGAUCAAGAAAUGCAGGCAUCUGAUUUGACAGAAGCUCAGGCCAACCCAUCUCGGAAUGAAAGCGACGCAUCUAGUAACGUCAUGAAACGUGUAAAACGGUCACCUUUUCCCCAUCCUCCUUAUAGCAUGUUCCAUCACCAAAGUUCUGGUCAACCUGUCCAAUACAUGCCAUACACAAACAUUAACGGCUUCGUGACUAUGCAGGACCCGAUGUUCCAGUCACAGGUAGACUACCAUCCGAUGUGGCAAUGGCAAAGCGAGCCGCAGGAAAGAGUCAGGAGACGUGUGCCAGAUCCAAAUGUUUUGUUCAACAGCGGCUUCGACAAUCGUGGCAGUCGAGUACGUGUGGGUUUCAAUAUCAGAAACAACGGAGAGCAGUUUAAUAUUCCAGAGCGACUGGUGCCCCCUACUCCUGCUUUGAUGCGCGAGUCCCGACCAACUGUGGAAUCGAUAUUCGAACCACGACGAACAGAAAUAUUUCCAACAACAAGAGCGCCAGUUGUUCGCCGAGUUGAAUCGAGAAUACAACGCAAUUUCAUCGAUCCUCUGAAUCCUCAACUAGGCACCAAAACCAUAUUCAGUACCCUAACACAACGCGUUUUGGCAACUCAGUACUCUCCGACAAAAGAAUGUAAGCACUGCCCGUUUGACCAGUGUUUGGACGACAAACUUAAAAUCGACGGCCUAUUCCCAGGCCUAUUCGAUAAUCCUACCACGUUCAUGGAAUGCCGAAGGUACGAACGAUUGUUCCAAAUUGGAGAUUUCGAUGUCGUCAAAGAAAGCCUUCCGACGUGUGGACAUCCGCGUUUUAGGCGACAGAUUAGAACAAUGGGUGACGACGACAUCGGAUGCUGUGCAACGCGACCGCAAGUAAUUCUUCCUCUGACUGUAGAAGCUGACAAUGAUACGUUCAACGUGGUGCAACUCGGAAACGAAAAACAGCAGUUCAUUGUGCAAGGCAUUUGCGGAAAGGGCAACACAACGGCAUGUACUUCGUGCGAAGCAGAAAACAACUUCCAAUGGGUGCUAGUGUACGACCCACGUGUCAACACCCAACCCCCUGUGUCAUUCGUGCCCGUCAAGUUCCCUCACUUCUGUCGCUGUUACAACUGGUCCAACACCCGAUCUGGAAAAUAGGUUACCUGGCGAAACAUGUUCAUCAAUCACUUACGUUCGAACCAAGCAUUACAAAUAUUACGCUAUUUUAUAUUUAAGCUUAAUUACGACAAAGUCAAUUUUUUAGCAUGCUUGGUUUGUUUUAUUCAAACGAAACAUACAAAAGAACUUCAACCACGCUAAUGGUUAGUCACUAAGAGUCACAUCACAUGUCUUUUUGAUAAACAUACAGAAGUUCUUGACAUAAGUGUUUAUGAAAUAUUGUUAAACAUG